AUGGGAGAGUUGCUAGUUCUUCCCAUCCUCACUGUUCUUCUCAGCACCUUCCCUACUUCUUCCCUCCAGUCACCUCCAGUCACUUCCAGUCAUCUCCCAUCACCUCCAGUCAUCCCCCAUCACCUCCAGUCACCCCCAUCACCUCCAGUCACCACCCAUCAUCUCCAGUCAUCCCCCAUCACCUCCAGUCACCCCAUCACCUCCAGUCACUACCCAUCACCUCCAGUCAUCCCCCCAUCACCUCCAGUCACCACCCAUCAUCUCCAGUCAUCCCCCAUCACCUCCAGUCACCACCCAUCAUCUCCAGUCAUCCCCCAUCACCUCCAGUCAUCACCCAUCACCUCCAGUCAUCCCCCAUCACCUCCAGUCAUCCCCCCAUCACCUCCAGUCAUCCCCCAUCACCUCCAGUCAUCCCCCAUCACCUCCAGUCAUCCCCAUCACCUCCAGUCACCCCCCAUCACCUCCAGUCAUCCCCCAUCACCUCCAGUCACCCCCCAUCACCUCCAGUCACCCCCAUCACCUCCAGUCAUCCCCCAUCAUCCUCCAGUCAUCCCCCAUCACCUCCAGUCACCCCCAUCACCUCCAGUCAUCCCCAUCACCUCCAGUCACCCCCAUCACCCCCAGUCUCCCCCAUCACCUCCAGUCAUCCCUCCAUCACCUCCAGUCAUCCCCCAUCAUCUCCAGUCAUCCCUCAUCACCUCCAGUCAUCCCCCAUCACCUACAGUCACCUCCAGUCAUCCCCCAUCACCUCCAUCACCCCCAGUCACCUCCAUCACCUCCAGUCAUCCCCCAUCACCUCUAGUCAUCCCCCAUCACCUCCAGUCAUCCCCCAUCACCUCCAGUCAUCCCCCAUCACCUCCAGUCAUCCCCCAUCACCCCCAGUCUUCCCCCAUCACCUCCAGUCUUCCCUGCCCAUCACUCACCUCGCUUAAAAGAUAA